AUGAAGAUCACGACGUUUGUCGCCCUCGCGGUCUCUCUCUACACCUCCGCCGCCAGCGCCGGCAUGGUCCUCAUCCCCGCCUUCCCCGAUCAAGCGGUAGCAAAGCAAUCGGGCGAUUGCCCCUACGGUGUCGUGACACCCAUCGGCUGCGCAAAACAGGAUGGCGAGACCAGCCAGCGGAGAGUGUUCUUUUUGAAGGAUGAACCCCGGCUUUGGACCGGUGGUUAG